AUGCAACGCCCGAUUACCAUCCUAGGCGCCGGCGUCCUAGGCAGCCGCAUCGCCUCCGCCCUCCUCGCCGGCGGCCACCGCGUGCACAUGCGCGACCCCUCCGCUGAUGCCCUCACCAUUGCAGCCACCUACAUCGAUGCCCACCGCGCGGAGUUUGAAGCCCUCCUUCCCGCCCCGGUCUCGACGGGCCUCGGAGACUACCAGGUGUUCACCUCCCUCGCCGACGCCGUCCGUAACGCCUGGCUCGUCAUCGAAGCCAUCCCCGAACGACUCGACCUCAAGAUCGCCAUCUUCGCCGAGCUCGACGCCCACACCCCGGGCGACUGCAUCCUCGCCUCGAACAGUAGCAGUUUCAAGUCACGACUCAUGAUCCAGAAAGUCCAACCCGCGCGCCGCGCCCGCGUGCUCAACAUGCACUUUACCAUGCCCCCGGGUAUCCGCUCAGUGGAGCUGAUGAGCUGCGGGGAGACUGAUCCACAACACUUCGCGCGGUUGAGCGAGGUGCUGCGCGGGUGCGGGCUGAUCCCGGUGACGGCGCGGCGGGAAUCGACUGGAUUCAUCUUCAACCGCCUCUGGGCGGCCAUCAAGCGGGAGAUCCUACUUAUCCUGGCGGAAGACGUCAGCUCCGCGGCAGAGAUCGACACGCUGUGGACGGAGAUGUUCCAGCAACCGCACAGCCUGCCGCCGUGUCGGCUGAUGGACCAGAUCGGACUGGACACGGUCGCCUUCAUCGAGGACAACUACAUCACCGAGCGGGGACUGGACGGGUCGAUGACCGUCGACUGGCUGCGGGAGCACUUCCUGUCGAGGGGGAAGUUAGGGCUCAAGAGUGCCGGUGGCGGGCUGUAUGGGCCUUCCGCCACGCCGGCUGUCCCCGCUACCUCGUCGUCGUCGCCGGAGUCGUCCUCCUCGACCCCAGCGCAAACCCUCUACCUCCUAGACGUAGGCCUCGGCGCCAACGUCUCCGCCGCCACUCCCCUGUCCCAAGCCGGGCGCAUCCUCUCCUUCAACCGCACCACCGGAAAAAUGCACCCGCUAGUAACAGGCCAAUCCCUCCCCGACGGCAUCGCCUACUCCCACUCCGCGGGGCGCAUCUUCUGGACAAACAUGGGCGCAGCGACCUCCACGCACGACGGAUCCGUGCACUCGGCCAACGCCGACGGCAGCGCCAUCCGCACCCUCAUCCCGACGGGAAAAGUCCACACGCCCAAACAACUCACCCUUGACGAAGCCGCCCGCAAACUCUACUUCUGCGAUCGCGAGGGGAUGGGCGUGCAUCGGUGCAACUUUGACGGGUCGGGGCAUGAGAUCCUGGUCCAGGCCGGCUCUGAAGCACAGAAGGGGGACAUGACGCGGUGGUGCGUUGGGGUAGCUCUCGAUGUGGUAGCGGGGUAUGUGUACUGGACGCAGAAGGGGCCCAGCAAAGGGAAUCAGGGCCGGAUUUUCAGGGCUGGAAUGGAGAUCCCCGCGGGCCAGACGGCGGAUACGCGUGACGAUGUCGAGGUUUUGUUGGAGGGGUUGCCGGAACCGAUUGAUUUGGAGGUUGAUGCACCAGCUCAAAAGUUGUAUUGGACAGAUCGUGGGGAGCAUCCGGUCGGGUGUUCGUUGAACGUGUUGGAUCUGGGGGAUCGAGGGGCGGGGAAGAAGGUGUUGGCGAGGCAUUUCCAUGAGCCGAUUGGGUUGUGUUUGGGGGAGGAGGGGGAGGUGAUUGUGACGGAUCUGGGCGGAAGUGUUUAUUCGGUGAAGGAGGGACGGAAGACGGUGCUGUGGCGGGAUGAGGGGUGUUAUACUGGGAUUGCGAGGGGUUGA